CUCGCGGCUCGAGGACACCACCAACAACACACCACUGCCCGCCACUUGUUUGCCAUGGGCGGCAGCGGGAACCGGCACAAGAUCAAGGGCGGCGGUCGCGCCGUCCUGGGCCGCGAGAGCCGGGAGGCCCUGGUCGACCUGCUGAUCCGCCUGUCCGAGGCGAAGGGAGAAAGCGGGGAGACCGGCGAGAAAAUCUCGGAGCACGAGCGAAAGCGGCGGGAAAAGAAAUUCGUCAAGAGGCUGGUCGAAGAGCACGAGCGAAACCGGUGGAAGAGAAAGCUCCGCGUUGGCGAUGCCGCUUCGGCUGCUGCGGAUGCCGAUGCUCAUGCCGAUGCUCAUGCCGAUGCUCCGAACAAGACUCCCGGCAAGGAAUCGGCAGAGGGCGGAGGAGAAGGAUCCCGGAAGCCGGUGCUUCCGCCUCCUGCUGCCUCCAAAGUUUCCAGCAGCAGCAAGAACGGCAACAGCGGCGGAAAGGUCCGAAUCGAACUCGUCGAAGCCAUCUUUAGGGAGGUUGCUCCUGUUCCAGCCAAAAAGGGAAAGAAGGACAAAAAAGACCAAAAGAGCGGCGGCGGCGGCAAAAAAGACGACAAGAAGAAAAAGGGAGGCAGCUGUGCCUCCGACUUUAAAGAGGGGGCCAGGAAAGUCGUGGUCCUCCCGAGGUCGACCACGCCUUCCGAACUCCUGAAGCUCGCCCCCUCCAAGCUGCGCAUGAAAAAGAAGCCCGUGCGGGUGUUUUGGAGGGCCUCCAAAACGGCGCUGGUGGACCUCGGGGAGACGGGUGCCGAUCUCUCGGGGCUGGACGACGGAGCGGUCCUCUGCGUGACCACCACCCCCCAACCGGAAGGACCGGGAAAGGCCGCGGAAAAAGCCUACGCUUCCGCCAAGGGGGCCGAGACGGGGGAAGCCGCCGGGGAGUCUGUGCCUGCCGAAACGGUGGAUCCCCUCGCCUCCGUCAAGAGGGCCUACCGGCAGCAAGCCGAGCACCGCAGGCGUGCGAGGAGGCACGGGCAGCAACAACAGAAACAGCAGCAACAGAACCAACAACAGAACCAAAAACAGAAACAGCAGCAACACACCUUCCCGGCGGCGCAACCCUUGCAGAAGGCCAUCGUCGACGAAUCCCUCCGGGUCAGGCACGCGGUGGUCCGGGCCGACCUGCCGGCGGCCUCGCACAGGGAGUCGAUCCUCUCCUCCGUGCGCGGCAACGCGGUGGUGGUCUUGUGCGGCGCCACCGGGUGCGGAAAGUCGACCCAGGUUCCCCAGUUCCUUCUGGAAGACCAGGAGGCCCUCGAGCGGGACCGGAGCAGCGGCGGGGAGUCGCAAUCGCAAUCGCAGUUUCCACCACCGAGGCGGUACGUCGUGGUGACCCAGCCGCGGCGGGUGGCGGCGAUCUCCCUGGCAAAUAGGGUGGCGGAGGAACGGGGAAGCCCUCCCCCGGGAGAGCCCGGGUCCUCGGUGGGCUACCUGGUGCGAUCGGACCGCCGCAUCGACGAGCGCACCUGCCGGAUCGUCUACGUGACGGUGGGGAUCCUGCUCCGCAUGCUGGUCUCCGGCUCGGGGAGUUCCAAAACCACCUCUGGAUCCGGACCGCAAGGCGGGGACGGGAAGGAAAGCACCGGUUCCCUCGGCCCGUCGCUGGAUCUGUCGAUCGACAACAUUUCGCACCUCGUCGUCGACGAGGUCCACGAACGGGACGUGAACACGGACUUUGCCCUGACCCUGCUCAAGGGACUGAUGCUUCCGCCACCCAAGUCGAAGGCGAGGCUGCCGCACCUCAGGCUGGUGCUCAUGAGUGCCACGGCCUCAUCGGACCUCUUUGUAAACUUUUUCAAAGCGAGGGGUACCAGGCCACCGGAGGUGAUCGAGAUCCCCGGUCGGACCUUUCCGGUAGACAUCAGGUGGCUGCCGGAGUGCCAGAAUUUUGCGGGGACCACCAUGUGGCACCCCGGAUCGGGAAGCCGGGACGAAAAGACGCAAAAGAGCAGCACCAGAGGCGGCAGCGGAGGGGAUGGUCCCCUUUUGUCCCCCCGUGCGAGGGACAAGAUCGACGACAAAUUUGUUCGGGCAUUGAUUGCCAAGAUCGUCCUCCAGCAGCAGGCCGGCGGUGAGCUCCGGGAUUCCCCCGACAGCGGCCGGAAUAGCUUCCGCAAAACCGGUGCGAUUCUCGUUUUUUUGCCGGGCAGGGGAGAAAUCGAGAGCCUGGCUUCGUGCCUCUACGACAACAGCACCAUCGUUGGGGACCGCGAGGUCUGCACCAUCCUCAAGCUCCACUCGGCCGUUCCAAGGGGCGAGCAGGAAAAGGUCUUCCGGCCGGCCCGUGGGGGAACCGUCAAGAUCGUUCUGGCCACCAACAUUGCCGAGACGUCCGUCACCAUUCCCGACGUCAGCCACGUCAUCGACACCUGCCGGGUCAAGGAGAGCCGCUACAACGCCUCCGCCCGGAUCCGGGAACUCGUCACCGUAUGGACCAGCCGGGCUUCCCUGAAGCAGCGGGCCGGCCGGGCCGGGAGAACCUCCGCCGGGGUGUGCUGGAGGCUCUGCGGGGAGGACUUUUGCCAGAAGGAACUCCUCCCCCAGACGGCCCCGGAAAUGCUCCGGACCCCCCUCGACGAGCUGGUCCUGCAGAUCUGUCUGCUCUACGAGCAGCGGAGGGACGACUUUUACGGCAGCGGAGCCGCGGCCGGCGGGAAGCGCUCGUUUGCUAGGGGGGCACAGCCGAUCCGGUUCCUGUCCAUGACUCCCGCCCCCCCGCCGAGGCACAGCCUGGUGCAGGCCUGUAGACACCUCCUCGAGGUCGACGCCCUCGGGGUCGUCGACGGGAGUGGGGAGGCCACGGGGGGCCGAGAAGACGAGUGGACCUACCGGCUGACGCCCCUGGGGUACCAUCUCUCGAGGCUGCCGAUGGAUGCCAAGGUUGGAAAGGUGCUGAUCGUGGGGUGUAUCCUGGGAUGCCUGGACGGAGCCCUCACCAUCGCGGCGGCUCUCUCGUGCACCAGGUCGUGCUUUCUGCCGGCCACCGGCCCGCAGGCCAAGUCCCUGGCGGUUGCUUUGACGGCGAGGGAAUCCCUCGUCGAGAACGGCUUCGGGGGAGCCAACUGGCCCGGGGGGACCGUGAAGGGGGACCUGAUCGCGGUGAUUGCCACCUACCGGGCCUGGAAAAAGCACCGGUCGGACCAGAAGAGGCGGAGCUUCUGCUACCAGCACGCCCUGGACCACGCCACCCUCAGGGACAUGGAUCGGCUCCGGGGGCAGUUCCGGGAGCUGCUGGCCGACGCCGGGUUUGUGGCCGGAUCGUCCUCUCGCGGCGCUUCUGGCGAGGAGCAGGAGGAAAAUCGUAGCAAUGCUGCCAGCGAAGACGCCCUGCUGACGAGCUGCUGCCUGGUGGCCGGGCUGUACCCCAACGUUUGCUCGCUGAUGCGCCCGCGGAGGGGCGGUCCGAGGGGGGGAGGCCGCCUUCUCACGAACGAUGGAGACGAGUGCCGGCCGCAGUCCAGCUCCUUUCAGCAGAGGCGGGUCAGGCAGGCUUCCGAGACCGGGAGAGACGCCUACGCCGUGUACCACUCCAAACACCGGAGCAUCGGGACGUCGUCCGGAACCGCGAAAGAAAGGCCGCCGGAGGUCUUUCUGACGGAGGUGAACUUUGUCUCCCGCUUCGCCCUUCUCUUGUUCGGGGGAGACCUGGAGAUCGCAGGGAACGCCAUCGUCGUGGACGGGUGGCUCAAGUUCAAGGUCGGCGACGAGAAGGAGGAAGGAAAGGCCUCCUCCAAGAGCGGGAGGGACACCACCGACAAUGCCGUGCUGCUGCUGGCGCUCCGGGAAAAGCUGGACCGGAUGGUCCUCGAGCACGUGGUCUCGGAAUCGGGUGCGUGCGGUCCGGACGAGAGGGCCGCGAUGGAAGAACGCCACCGGAGCGUCGUUGCCGUGGUCCGAAAGCUCCUGGCCGAGGAGGGCUAGCUAGCGACGAACGGAAAGCUACAUAUCUUCCGGAAGCACAUUUCGCGGACGGACCCGCUGCAGUCGAAGCAAGCCCCGUUUUGGGGUCUGCGGGAAAACAACCAACCCACCAAAGAAGUAACUAGCAGCGAGCAACGAUUGGCUCCUCCCGCCUUCCGCCGGUUUGGUUUUGACCUUUUUUUUUCCUUGCAGAAGGCCAUUCAUGAGUACUAGAAACGAAGCGACACAUGAAUGAUCAUCACACAACAAUUUCAUUCUUGCAAUGAUCCAAGGGAACGCGGAACGCGGAGAUCAAACAAAGAAGCACCAGUAUGUACAUUUUGUCUAGUCCAAGGUAGGGGUUACUAGGUGCUAGCACUUUAGUAAUCAAGGAUUGAAAUAGAAAUACAAGUAGAGU